AUGUCGCGCGCUGCUUUCACAUGCACCGAGAGCUUCGAUCGUCAGCACCUUACAUCCCCCCAGCACAUGCACCUCCAUUCUUUUCAGACUGACUCCUCCUCACCCACGCCAUGCUCUGACUCGGAUGUGCUGUCAUCGCCCAAGAGCGUUGUCGAUGACACCACCGCGGCGUCGCUGACUCCUUGCGUGACGACCGUCUCCGACACCAAGACUUUCUACAGCGCCAUCGACGCAACCAGUUUGGCCAUGGAAGAAGCAAGAGAUCAGACCUCGAAUGCACGACCGACUACCGCCAAGCGAGAUGGCAUGGAGAGUCGCCAUGACUCUGACGUGACGACUGUCAAGCAGAGUCCUGCAUCCAAACCAAAGAAAUCCCGGUCUCGUGCGUCUUCGACGUCGCAGCGGGCCCCUCGUUCGGCGUCCUCGAGCACGACGGGACGAUCUACUAGAACUCCUCGCCGCAGCUCGCAACAUGCCAGGACCCCGUCCAUGUCGCAGAAGAGGCAAAACGACCUCAUCGCGCUGCAUCGUAACUGCUGCCGUUUCUUCCAGGAAAACGGACUGCGCGGCGAUACAGAUCUGCAAUGUGCGGAACCCGUCCGCUCCUCUACGGCCCCGGCUCCCGGCACGCAGACCUCUCCGACGAUGUUUCCUGUCCGAUAUCAGCGGUCGCCUCCAUUCUCGGCACACGACCAGGACGGGGACGUCUCCGACGACGAGUUACUGGCGAGAAGGACGAGCAUGGCCCAGUCAGAACCGGAACGGCCAUACGUCCCUGUGCCGGCGACCGUGAUCGACUGGACGUCGCCGUCCACGCGACGCCGCGAGUACGAGAAGAUCGACCGGUCGAACCGGGGGAUCCGGCGCAUCUGGCGACGGUUGGCACCGAAAUGUCUCCAAUCGGGGGGGCGGACGCCUUUUUUUGAGGAAAAGGAUGGCAAAGCCAACUACGAGGGGAGCGUUCGACGAUUUAGAAUGGAUAUUCCGGACGAGAAGGAGGAGCGCGCAACCGAGGUGUCUUUUUCUAGUCGAAAGAGCGAUAAAUGGUCUUGUUUUGCGUGA